AUGCGGUCCUCCCGCCCUUCGAUGAACCAUGACGAGGUGUCGCAGGCUAACGAAGCCGCCACAUCUCCCGAGGCCACCCGUCGCCCUGCUCAUGAAACGUUGUCGAAUACAUCCGUUCAAGGCAAUCGGCAGAGCAUGCACACCAUCGAGGAACUGCGGAAGAGGAUGAAGGACAGAAUUGCCCACCAACAGAGCCAGGUCAACCAACACCUCCAUGAGCCACAUUUACCAAGCCCUGAUGCAGGAUAUACCCGGCCAACUUCGUCGCGCGAAUUGAAAUCAAAUCCCUCCACACCACUGAGAGCUCCGACGUCCCCUCUCUUGGUGAAAACCGUGGGCAACUCCCACAAAAGGGCAUCCUCCCAAGAUAUGGAAUAUCCUUUCCCAUCAAUAACACCAAAAGCUCCACUGGAUCAUAUCGCAAGGUCGCGGGAGGAUCCUCGAAUGUUCAAUCCGCAAUCAGCUCGUGGUUCGCUCAAGAAAAAAGUGCGCAAGCGUCCCGAUUCCCGUCAAGAGAGAACCCCUGCUGCACCGCCGAAACGUGAAUUUUUACCCUCUGAUGCCGCCAAUGUUAUGGAAGACCCGUAUUACCCAAGUCCUAACUUAUACGAAUUAACUUUGAACUUGAAUGCGGAUGCAGGAUUGGAGGGCUGGUGGUCAAAUGUAUCGCGACUGCUACGGCUGCAUUAUGGUGCAGAGCGAGCAAGCCUUGCAGUACCCGGCGAUGCUACUGAUCUGGAAAAUGUUCCCUGGGGCCAAAAGGCGACAUACAAUCUGCAUACUAAGGAGGUUGAAUCGCCCACGACAGACAAAAAGCGGGAUGUGCCUGAAGCCCUCCCGGGAAGCCCGUAUCGCAAAAGUACCAAGUCCAAGGAUUCAGAGUCCGCCGUGAAUAAUCCAUUAAACUCCCUGAGACGCCCACAGAUAACCACCCGUCAUUCGUUUGCGGGCUAUGGGACACUUCGGAAUGAUAGUGGGCGCCACGAACAAGAGCCCAAAGCAGCAAAUAUCAAGCCCGAUGCUACAGGACGGCGAAGGAGUUUAUCUGGAGCUUCGGAGAAGGUUACAAAGGGAAAAUCAAAUUCCGAACCUUUCAAUGACCCGUCAACAACAACGCCAGCCCGCCACUUAGAUCUUAAUGAUGAGCACGCCCAUGGCGCUGGUCCUAUAGCCACGGUUUUUCAAGUCCCCCGGAGCCUGGAAGCAGAGCCUGAUCCGUUGAUCAAACGAACUGGAAUCGUGAAACUUUUUGGGCGGACACGACCGGCGGUACUCACUCGGGAAUACGCCGAGGACCCAGCUGCGAUCCAUGAGUCCUCCUUACUACGCCAUCAUCACCGUCAUAAGGAUAUCAUCCAACACACACCCCGUGACGAGCAUCCUACGAAAGCGUCAGCCCCCCAUUCAUCAAUGUUAGCACGACGUCCAUCCCAGAACCGUACUGGGAUGGCGAAGGCGCCUCUGUCGGUUCUAGGGGAAGAUGUUCAAUCCGAGUACGUCCCCACUACAGAAGCCUAUGAGGAAUAUGAACAAAUGCCGCAAUCACCUUGGUCCCAGUCCCCUGCUCCGUCCCCUGCCCCUCUAGCGAAACCAGAUGAAAAUCCGUUUUUCACCAAUCCAGUGGUAGACGAAGAUGCAUUCGCUUCGAGCCCACCGCCUCAUGACUACUCUGAAACCCAACCUCUACAGGCCAUCGGCGUUGAUUGGUCAAAAACGAUCAUCCACAUACCAUUACUGUAUUCUCCGACUUCGAAACAACUGGACUCGACCACUCUAAGGUUUCCCGUCGCAAUUAUCUCGGUUCUAUCACCCAUCGUUCCUUAUCCGUCAAAUUUACGAACCUCACUAGCAUACUUACUACCUCACUUUACAACCUCGUUUUGCUUAGCACAUCAAUACAGCCAGUUAGAGAAGCAGCUUUCGAAUUCGUCUCUCGGAAGAUAUGGCCAUCUUCUUGGACUUGGCGGAACCUUUUCUGAUGAAGGAAGCGAACUUGAACUCGUUGCAGGAUUGACCGGACAAGUCAACUUCCCCUCGGGGGAGGAGGGUGUUUCGGUCGGCCGUUCCGCUAUUUCCAGUCCUGUUGCUCUAUCGAACUUGACACGGUCAAAUUCAGGCUUCUCGGCGCCUAUUUUGGACUCUGGAAGUACGGGCUCAAGAAAGGAUUCCUUCUUGAGCCCGGCAGCCCUAACUCAAGUUGGACCCGAACACGGUGACAGUUAUUUCAGGUCAAAGCGACCUAGUCUCGCACCAAGGCAGCUUUCUAAAUCUUCUCGUGAUUCAAAAACAGGUGAAAUCCCUUCAAGUCCACUGAGCCCGGAGCAACCGGAAAAAGUCCCUGAUGACGACCUAACCCCAAAAGAUACAGCAUCGGUUUCUGAUAUCUCACAAGUCUGGGGACAGCAAUCUCGUCAUUCAUCAUCUACUUCUAUUGCCACACAAUUGCAGCGUGACCUUCAAUGUCGCCCUUUCUCCGAUACGAUAGCACAACUGAUGCUUAAUUCAGUGCCACUGCAUCUCUUUUUGGCAAAACCUUCUACUGGCGAGGUGAUUUGGACAAAUACCAAAUUCGACGCUUAUCGAAGACACCCCCAGGAACCACGGAUCAAAGAUCCGUUCCAAAACGUCCACGAGAGCGAAUAUAAUAAUGUAAUCAAGGAAUGGACAAAAGCGUUACGAACGGGGUCUCAAUUCACGGAACGUGUCCGCGCAAAGCGAUUGAACGAUGAGGCUACGUAUCGUUGGUUUAUUUUUCGGGCAAAUCCUUUGAUAUCGUCCACUGGAGAACUUCUCUACUGGAUUGGCUCGUUCUUGGACGUACAUGAACAGCAUAUGGCGGAAUUGAAGGCCGCACAAGAACGAGAAACCUUUGCAACUGAUGCAAAAUAUAGGGCUUUGGCCAAUUCGAUCCCCCAGGUUGUAUUUGAAGCCGCUGAAUAUCGAGGGCUUAUCUCGGCAAACCAACAAUGGGAGUGGUAUACUGGCCAGUCUCUUGAAGAGGCUAAAAACUUGGGCUUCGCAAAACAUAUUCAUCGAGAUGAUCUCAAGAAAUGUGGCAUCCUUACGCCGCCACACGUUAUCCCGGAGUCAGUCAGUGCCACCGAAUUUGGUCACAUUAUGUCUGAUCCCCAGGUGCUUCAGUCAGAAUUACCAUCAGGGCAAACCGCUUCGUCGCCUGUGCCACCAACACCUGGUGAAAGCACACCAAACAUUGAACGUCGUUAUGGCCGCGGUGUAACCGAGGCCCUUCAAGAUCUGGUUCGGCGAGGCGUUGUUACCCUCCAGUGCGAUGAGAAUGGCCGCGAUUUCUAUACCACUGAAAUCAGGUUCCGGUCAAGGAAAGGAGAUUUCCGCUGGCACUUGGUUAGGCUGGUCAAGGUGGAAAUGGCCGGUUUUGGAGGCGGGGAAGCAUCGUGGUACGGGACUUGUACCGAUAUCAACGAUCGAAAGCUUCUGGAAAGGGAGUUGAAUUCGGCCAUGCAACAAUUAAAUCGCGAGAUGGAAUCAAAAACUAAAUUUUUUACGAAUAUGUCCCAUGAAAUCCGAACGCCACUGAACGGAAUACUGGGCACGAUUCCGUUUAUUCUCGAUACGCAGUUGGAUAGUGACCAGCGGCGAAUGCUUGAUACCAUUCAGAAUAGUUCGACCAAUUUGCGUGAGCUUGUGGACAAUAUACUUGACGUGUCCAAGGUUGAAGCGGGAAAGAUGAAUAUUCUCAAACAGUGGUUUCAUGUCCGUUCUACGCUCGAAGACGCUAUUGAUACGAUUGCGUCUAGAGCCAUCGACAAGGGCUUGGAAUUGAACUAUGUCUUCGAACCUGAUGUGCCUUCGAUGGUAUUUGGUGAUAGGUUCCGAAUCCGCCAAAUUCUUAUUAACCUGAUUGGAAACGCUAUCAAGUUCACGGCCCAGGGCGAGAUCUUUAUUCGCUGCUCCAUUUACCACGACCCAGACCGCAAACUUGAAGGGUCAGACCUUUUCCUCAAUUUCGAGGUUAUCGACACAGGCAAGGGAUUUAGCGUGAGAGAUGCUCAGUUGCUGAUGCAGAGGUUCAGUCAAAUUGAAAAUAAAGACGCUCCACAGCAUGCAGGAAGCGGGUUAGGUCUCUUUUUAUCGAAGCAGAUCGCGGAGAUGCAUGGCGGACGGCUGACGCCGACAAGUAUGGAAGGCCGGGGAGCGAAAUUCUCUUUUUAUGUCAAAGUCAGCUCGGCGUCGGCAACAUUGCCAGAGAAUGUAGAAUCCUCUGAAAGGAAACUACCUACGCGGCUUGUCUCGGAAACCAUUGUUGAGAGCCCAGUGGCCAGUCAGCCCUCUAGUACGCAAUCAGAACUCAGCCCUGGUUCAGCCAACUCGGGUAGCUACAUUUCUGCACGCUCUGGGUCAUCUGGUGUGGUGACAUCUGAUCCUUCCAGCAAACGCAAACCAGUGCGACUCGAUCCUACAGUACAAGAUCUACGCUCUGCAAAGAAAAAUUAUCUAAAUCAGCUGUCAGCCUCGAGCCCUACGACCGGGAGUGCUGCAGAUACUCAGGUCGAAAGGGGAAAGCCUGAGCCCGCAUUGGUAUCGCCUCAUCCUACGACAUAUUCGGUGCUCAUAAUCUGUCCAUUUGACUAUGCGCGUGAGGCCAUCACGCAGCAUAUCCAGCAAGUUAUUCCGUUGGAUAUUCCAGCUGGGGUGACUUCAAUACUUGAUUUGGAUGACUGGAAGGACCUGCUUAGCAACGACGAGUCACUCAAUCUUACUCAUUUGGUGCUGAAUUUACCCGACGUGAACGACGUAAAGGAAGUGAUGCAGAAUGUGCUCCAAUUAGAGGCAAUCUGCUCGCCGACUCUUGUCAUUGCCGCAGAUGCGUACUUGAAGCGCGAGAUCAUCAAAUCCUGCGACAGGUUCAUGUCUGCAGGGAAAGAAGUUUUCAUAGUGCCUAAACCGCUGAAGCCUUCUCUCUUUUCGCAGAUCUUUGACCCGCUCAGCAAACGCGAGCUUAGCAAAGAUAGAAACCAGGCUAUAGCUCGGGCGAUGGACAAUAGCUUCAAGACCAUGUCGAAGCUAGUCAAGGAGAUGAUCGGGAACAAGGGACAUCGUGUUCUGCUUGUUGAGGACGAUGAGACCAACCGAGCGGUGAUGUUGAAAUACUUGGAGAAGGUCAAACUCAUGUCAGAGACGGCGGCCAAUGGCCAAGAAUGCAUCGACAUGGUAUUCUCGAAGGAACCGGGAUACUAUUCCCUAAUCAUUUGCGACAUACAGAUGCCGAUCAUGAAUGGGUAUGAAACGUGUCGAGAGAUCCGAUCUUGGGAGGCAAAGCAUCAUUUCCCGCAGAUCCCAAUCAUGGCGCUCUCCGCGAAUGCGAUGACCGAUCAGAUCGACAAUGCCGUGCAGGCAGGGUUCAACGACUAUGUCACGAAACCCAUCAAGCACAACGAGCUUGGGCAGAUGAUGAUGGCGCUGCUGGAGCCACAGGCGACGCGGAUUCUCCUCGAGGGCAGGAGGGCAUGA